AUGGAUCUCUCAGGCGUAAACCUCACUACAAUCAUCAAGCGGCUCGAAGCUGCCACUUCUCGUCUCGAAGACAUCGCCGAUGCGGGUCAGUCUGCAAUGCGGAUCACGCACGAGGCGCGUCAGGGAGUGAGCGAUGGGAGUGUUGUCGGUGAGAGGAGGGAGAGUGAUAGUUCUUUGCAGCCGACUGAGAGUAGCCGUGCUGGGAGUUUGCAGAGUGUCCCGUCUGAGAUGCCGAAGGAGCCAAUUGUUGUGGAGGAGGAUCCCGCGAGCGUCAAGGCUUACGACGAGUUGUUUGAUAUCGUAAGGGAGUUUGUCGGAUAUGCUAGCGAGAUUGGCGGUGAAGUCAAGGACCAGGCCACCUCCGUCGACGGCAUCUUCGAAGCUCAGCGUGCCUACCUCCUUCUCGCGACCAAGGCAAAGAAGCCCGACAUGACUUCUCCUGCAUUUGCCGAGCUCCUCAAGCCCACCCAAUCUCCCCUUCAAGACGUCAUGAACAUCCGCGAAAAGAACCGCGCGUCGCCGUUCUUCAACCACCUCUCAGCCAUCGCCGAGGGUAUCCCCGCCCUUGGUUGGGUCGCCGUCGAGCCCACUCCUGCGCCUUACGUGGGUGACAUGAGAGACUCUGCGCAGUUUUACGCCAACAGGGUUAUCAAGGAUUGGAAGGAGAAAGAGGGUGGGUCGGCGCAUGUUAAGUACGUGCAGACCUUCCUCAGGUUGCUCUCGGAGUUGCAGAAAUAUGUGAAGCAAUGGCACACGACUGGUGUUGCUUGGAAUCCCAAGGGCGAAGAAGCAUCCGCUCUCCUCAACAAAGCAGCCGCUCCGAAGGCACCAGCCGCUCCUUCCGCACCAGCAGGCGGCGCACCCCCUCCCCCUCCUCCCCCUCCUCCACCAGGCUUCUUCGAUGCCCCGGCACCUGCUGCCGCUGCUCCUGCGGCCGACAUGAACUCCGUCUUCGCUCAACUCAACCAAGGCGAGGGCAUCACCGCCUCCCUCAAAAAGGUCGACAAAUCCCAAAUGACCCACAAGAACCCCUCCCUCCGCGCCGCCUCCGCCGUUCCCGACCGCGCGGAAGGCCGUAAGAGCCCUGCACCCCCCGCGAAGCCCCAGGCAUUGCAGCAAAAGCCGAAGAAGCCAGCGAAGAAGGAGUUGGAUGGUACGCAGUGGAUCAUCGAAAACUGGGAGAAUGUUGCGGAACCCAUGGUUAUCGAAGCGGAGAUUAACCAGACUGUGUUUAUUGUUGGAUGUACGGGUGUCACAAUUCAGAUCAAGGGGAAGGUUAACGCCGUUUCGGUUGCGUCGUGUACGAAGACGAAUGUCGUUGUUGACUCACUCGUUUCUUCGUUUGAUUUGGUCAAGUGCAAGUCUUUUGCUCUUCAGGUCCUCGACAAAGCUCCUACCAUCAUCGCCGAUCAGUGUGAUUCUGGGUUGAUUUACUUGUCGCAGCAGGGUUUGAAUGUGGAGAUCUUGACGAGUCAGUGUUCGAGCAUUAACAUUAAUGUUCCUGGAGCUGGUGAGGAUGGGGAUUAUGCCGAGAGGGCUGUGCCUGAGCAGUUUAAGACUGUGAUUAAGAAUGGGGCAUUGGAGACGAUUGUUGUUGAGCAUGCUGGAUGA